UCAAAUUGCUCUGCCCUGGAGUGCUUCUGCCUGGAUAGAGUAUUUCAAUGGAAUGUGAAGAAAUAUAACUUCUUACUGAUUCUAUGGGAAGGCAGACAUUUAAGGAACAUAAUCACUGAAACUAUCCCGUGGCAGAAAAUUCUGACUAGGCAGGCCUAGGGAUGGCUGUAAUCUCCGGGCCUAAGCUGAGCAGGGAUACUGAGGGUAUUUAAUACAGAAAUGUACUUUUCAGCAACAUCUGCCUUGUCUUUGCUUUGUUAAAAACAAAGCUGGAGUCUAACAUCUUUGGCGCUUGUGGUAAUUAGAAAACAGAACAAAAAAACCCCACCUUCCUGUAAUGCUGAAAAUAACAUAGAAAAUGCUGUUGCAGAAGCAUUGGUUUCUUCACUUUGACAUAGCUGAGGCCUGUUUGAAGGGGAAUGCCUCAUGCUUUGAGGCUCUUUGUUCCUUCCUUAGUUGAAAGCUUAGAAACCAGCUCCUCAAAUUUUUCUGUUGGAUUCCUUUACUUGCAACAGCUUAAAAGUGUGAUGUAGACUCUAAAUUGUUUUAUUCUAUGGAUUUGAGUAAGUUUGAGACCUAUUUUGAUGUCACACAUUAUAGUUCCUUUAGUUCUUUGUAGUCUUGAGCUUGAGUCCAAGUUUUAAAGUGAGCUUGACCAAAUACAGGAAAUGUACUUGGCUAAGAAGCUGCCUUUUGAUGGAUCUCUUACUUUUGUGUCCUUCAAAGCAUAGAACCAGAAAUCUUUUGUGCCCUUCAAAGUGUAGAACUAGGGCUUCCACAACUGUCUCCUGGCAAAACAUUUCUUGCUGCCUGAGACCCUACAGGGGCCGGGGCCAUUCUUGCAGAGUCUGAGUGAGAGCCCUCUGUCCCAGAGGAGAGGUAAACAGGAAACCUGUUCCUGGAAGUCUCCUGGGGAAUCUGGGCUGAGGACUGCUCACUUUUCCUGUCAAGAAAAUUUCUGCCUACUGUCUGAGCAUAGGAAGAUUCCAAGGAACUGUAUUAAGUCAGGUUAUGGUGCCUUUGGAGUAGUGCUACAGAGGCAGUAGGUUGUCUCAAGCUCUUCCUGCUCUUGGCCUGCUCUAUUAAAGAAACAAGGAUUGCGCUGUUGUCCUGUUCUCAGUCCUGCUGUCCUUCUCCACACAUUUUUAACUUGGAAGAAGCGCUGGCCAGAUUUUACAAAGAUGUGGAGAUAGUGAGGCAAUUGUAUUCUUGCUUUCUUUAAGAAAUGGCAGUCAUAGAAACAAACUAAAGCUUCCAGCUGGGGAGAAUGCUGGAUUCUUGCUGAACAUCACAGGUCCUCUUGUUGGAGAAUUGUGACUUAACAUCUCAGUUUCAGCAGCCAUUCCUAGGCUUCAGCUAGCCCUCAACCACCUGUGGGACAUACAAAACAUACCAAUGUUUAGAAACAAACACCCUAUUUCAGGUGAAUGUGCUUGCUUUUCUGCAGCAGAAAUGACUUUUCUUUGCAGCAGGUAGAUGCUUAAGAGGUGAAAAUUUAAAUUAGUAGUAUAUGGAAGUAAAUAGUCCAUUUUCAUUGUUGGGCAGUCUUCAGAAUUAAGGGUUAAAAAGUCAGGACAUCCAAAAGGUUUCAAGUUUCUGCUUUUCAAUAUGCCAUGGUGCUGUUAAAAAUACACAAUGUCUUCAGAUUAGUGAAAUUACCUGUUUAUAUUUUUUAAGAGGAAGCUUUGUAGGUGUUCAAAAAUAAGGUGAUAUUAAUAGGUGAUUAAAUGACAGUAUAAAAGCUCCCAAUUUGGGGGCAAGUACUUAAUUUUAGGGCUGCAUUUCUAGUCUGGUCUGCUGACACUGGAAGGAUCUCAGUUCACCUGACACAUAGAUGGCAGAGCACUUGGGUUAGAUGGGAUUUACUCCUCCUGUCAUUGGAAAUUAUGGUUGUGUACAUGUGGUUCUUCUGAAAAUGACACAAACAAACUGAAACCACAAAUAUUUCCUGCUGUUCCUGUCCAGCCAGAUGUAUUGGAGUGGACAAGAGUUUUUAUUUGUGAGUUGAAGAGUUGACUUGUUUUACCCUAAUGAGAAGUCACACUUUCCUAUCAUUUCCUUUUCGUCAAUACUAUCUCCAAACUCAGUUUCACUAUUGUUGUUUGGUGCUUGUGGUAGUUGAAAAACAACCGAAAAAUCCACCUUCUUCUAUAAUGUUGAAAAUAGAAUUUUCAACAAAUGAUAUUUUCAAUAUUAUAGAAAGUAUAGCAGAAGCAUCAACUUCUUCACUUUGACUUAGCUGAUGCUUGUUUGAAGGGGAAUACCUCAUGCUUUAGGGCUCUUUGUUCAGUGGUUAAAGUCUUAAAAACCAGCUCCUCAAGGUUUUCUAUUGGAUUCCUUUACCUACAACAGCUUAAAAAUGUGAUGUCAACUCUAAACUGUUUUAUUCUAUGGAUUUGAGUAAGUUUGUGACUAUCUGGCUGUCAUGUGUUGUAGUUUCUUUAGUUCUCGGUAGAUCUCUUGAGUUUGAGUCCAAGACUUUGAGUGGAUUUGGCCAAAACCGUGUUAUGAAUAGGACCUGGUGGCAGAGCACUAAAGGCAAGUGGGAGGAGGGUAGGUUGCAACAGAUCUCUCUCUAAUCCCAUGGACAUCACACAAGUCAGUGGAAGUAGCAUAAAUGUUGUAUCCAAGUAGUUGGCAUUGCAGGAUGGGAGUUAACCCAAACCCAGACGUGGUCACCCUGUAUUCUCUGGUGAUAAAGCUCUACCUGCUUCCUUCCACUUGUCAAAAACACACCCAACCCUAACAACCACACCAACAAACCAAAUUCCCCCCCCCCACUCCCCUCAUCAUCUAUUAGUUAUUUGGACAAGCAUUUUAAAAUUUCCAAGAAGUUUAGAAUAAUUUCUGAUUCUGUUGCUGCUGUUAUCUUUGUCCAUCUCACCCUCCUGUAGCCUGAUUUUUAUCAUGUAAAACUUGGAUUUGUUAGUGACAGGAUUGCAGGUUUUGCUUGUAAGCUUCCUGGAGUGUGGGUAAUGUCUCUUCUGUCAGUCACCUGCUGCACACAGAAGACGUACAAGCAAUUUGAAAAAUGUUACAUUACAGUCAGAUUUAUGUAAAUACUUGCUACAGGGCAGUAAUUUUUUGUAAAAUGCUUGGUCUGGCCACUGAUGGAAUGUGCUUUUUCUUUGAACAAGCCAGUGUCACCUUGGUUAAAUGUGGUAGCUGUGUUAAAAGGUACAAGCAAACUCUAUGUUGGUUUAGGUCUUACGUGUUUACAAUGAAUCAUUGAUGCUGAAAGACAGUUCCAAGAGCCUUCUGAAAUCUUAACCUGAACGGCAGUAAACUUUUGAACUUGAAACUUGUUUGGGACUUUCUGACUCUGUAAAAGGUACUUUUUUAUUUUAAGCCCAGUGGAAAACAACUUGAGUCAUAGCAGUAUCUUGUUAUAUAAAAGGAGGAAAAAUAGAUAUUUUAGGCCAACCAAGUAGGGAUUCUGCUACAUCAGAGAUUAUGGAUGGGGUUUCAAUUUUCCAAGAAGUUCCCAUUGUUUGCAUGAUUGAAAUUGAUUUUCUUAUUAUUUGUUCUUUCUGUUCUGUGACCAGAUGCAGUGCUUGCUACAGUGGCAUCGUUUUGGGGAGGUAGGAAAGGUGGUCAUUUUGGCAAGCAUGUAGAAAUGCCUCUUCUAAAGAUAGUGGCUUUCUGCCGGUAUGAAUACUGGAUUGCCUGUCCGUAACUGAGCUGGGACUCUAGUAGGACCUGCUAAGUUAGUGAUGUAUGCUUUUGGGGUGAACUCCCGUCUCCAAGUCAAAAUUUUCAGUGUCUCCAACAGGGAAAGAAUUUCACUGGCAGAAAUUCAUCCAAAUUUUGCCUAAUAGUAAAAAAUCAUAAUUAAAAUCAGGAGCGUAGCUUAUACUGUUGAGAGAGCUUGGCCUGAGGGUCUGAUCUGUGCCUUCCUGAAGGGAGUAGGGGAAUACUCUCACUUGAGUUAGGAUGGAGAAUAUAUUAGUUCCACAACCAUUAAAAAUAUUCCUGGCAAUAGACCUACAUUUGAUUUAGCACUGUGUUCUGCUAGUUAGGGACUAAAGAAUUUUCACUGUGUUGCUAUGGCCAUGUGUUUGUUUGGCACACAGCAGGUGAACUUUUCAGAUGAGGAAGAGAGUGAUAAUGCCUUUCUCUUGUGCUGAUGCAAUAGUGACUGUUUCCCUUAGCAAAGCAAAUACCUCACUGAGGUCUGUAGACCAAAGCACCCGAGGUGUUCCAAGUUUCAAGAGAUUGGUUUUUCCAUGCAGGAGCCUAACACCAUCAGGAAAGUGCUUUUGUACAAGGAGCCUUCUUCAAAGUCAUGCUUGGUCAUCUCUGUAGCCUCCAGGAGCUGCUGCAGCAAGGCUGCCUGACUUUGAGGUUGGCAGUGAUUCUUUCUGGUGAGUGUCUAGUUGUUUCACAAACCAGUAAAUCCUCAGUCCUCAGCACUGAAACAUCCAUUAGUGGGGCGAUCUUCCCCUCUGAAAACUUCUCCUACUGCAGCUGUUUCCUUCUUGAACAUAGCAAUAGCCUUGAGCAGCAAUAAAUCUGUGCUGGGAAAAACUCAGUGUGCUUGUCAGCACAAGGGAGCACAGCAGAGAAAGGAAAUGUCUAUGAAACCACAGUCUUUGGUGCUCAAACGUGAGUCUAGGCUCUCACAAAAGGGUGUGAAGCCGUCGGAAAAGUUAAAUAUGCUCCUUUAUUUCUCAUGGUCUUCUCUGUGGUAGCUGGUGAUCACCUAGGUAAAAUUUCAGAAAUUGCCUAAAGGUCUUCCUGGCUGCCUGUGAUUUGAAUGAUGUUGAAGUCUUUUUUGCUCAUGGCUUUUUACAGUAGAUGGACAUGGUCACUUCAAUAGAAAUGAGAUUUCUUUUAUCUAAUUGGCUUUCCUUUUUAUAGUCUCCGAUUUGUUCCUAUUUAGGUAGUAAAACCCCAAUUUUACUGAGAAGUAGGGGUUAAAACAACACCACACAAUGUAGGUGCUUUCUUCUGUUGCCUGCUUGGGUUAUAAAUAAUGCAGCAACUUUCUUUCCAGUAGUACUGCUACUUGGUGGUCUUGUGAUGAGAUGUGUGGCAUUGUGAAAGCUUAAAUGGAGCAGAGAAGAUCCCUCCUCUCCAGGGAUAUUUGGUUGGACUUGAUGAUCUCAAAGGUCUUUUCCAUCCUGUGAUUCUGAGUCCAAGGAGUGAGGAGUCAAAGGUUGUUCUGCUCUCACAGCUGUUCUGGGCAGCAGGGAGCUGGCACGUUUCUUUAGUUGUGGCCCUACAAACACUUCCCUGUUUCUGCAGCCUUAACCUGCCCAGCCCUUUGUGGCUUAGAGGAAGCGUUGUGCCAGAGGUAGGAUGGAGGAGGCUGUGUCCUGCCCCUUUAUCCUGUCCCUGCCUGAGCACUACUUUACACAGCAGCAAGGCAUCCUGGUUCCCAAAGAGUUUCCAGGAGCCUGGGUGUGAUGUAAAGGUGUAACCAUCACUUGGAAGAAGCGACAGUGAGGCUUGCAGCAACCAGCAAACACUCUGGGUUAAACAGGAUACCACUACAAAGGGGUUGACCACCCUGCUUACUCCCACAAAGUAUGCAGGUAGUAGGAUUUCUAACUGGAAAAGGUCGACCCUGCUCUGGUGUGUUGCCUUGUGACAAGUGGCAGAGGUUCUUUCCUUCCACAGCACCACACGCCAGUUGUCCCUCAGGGCAGAGGGCACUGCACAUGCAAGAGAUGUCUGAAGCAUCCAAAAGGUCCCAGAGGUUGACCCCUCUUAGAGUCUCCAACCCUUUCUGCUGCCUAAAAUUGGAUUUGGGGUGUAUUUCUUUGCAGUGAGGUAAGGAAAAAGCAGAGGGAAACCUCAGGUUUCCAUGAAGAAGUGCCUGUCAGACUUCUGUGGACAGGUUGAGCAUCUCUGAAGCAGUCUUUCAAUUGAGGCACCAGCGGGCUAAAGGGGGUUGUUUGGAUUUAGAUGUUUCAUUGUGGUGUAACAUUUUGAUGGUUCAUUGUAGUGUCCCAGAGCAGGUUCCUUCAGACAUGGAAAUGUUUGAAUGAGGCUUUGCAGUAUCAGGUGCUAAGCAAAAUGUUGAUUUUAAAAGUAUUUUUCCCACAUUUCCCCGGAGGUCAGGAGUUUGCCGGAUGCAUGGGAAUGAGACUGUGCUAACUUGGUACAGCAGCCCUGGUGGAAAACAUUUCACUUGACCCAGAAUUCAUGUGCAAUGUUCUCAUUGCUCAAUGUUCUGCAUCCCUGCUGGAGUGAGUUUGACUAAUUUUUGCCUGUGAUUCAGAACAGACGUGUGUUGGGAACCUCUUUUUUUUUUUUUUUCCCUUCUUAAAAAUGAAGUGAAAGUUUAUCAGCUUAUGGUUAUAUGAGAGCAUGGGCUGCCAAAUGAGGAAGUAAAACCUUCCUAUAAAAUGAGUUCUGCCCACUGCACUUACUUGUCUCAGUUGACACCAGCCCUACCUCUAAAUACAAGCUGGUGACUUCCUUGUCAGCCUGGUACUGCUCUGAAUCCAGCUUCUGGCUGGGGGAUGGUGGGACAGUGCUGCUGGGCCACAGAGAGAACAGCUGCCAGGUAGGUAUGGAGCAAGAGGGGUUUCCUGUGGGCACAGCUCACUCCCUGGGGAGUUUGGCUUUAUUAUUUUUAGCAAACGGAGCAGGGAAGGUGGGGAAGAAAAAGGCAAAUCUUUUCUUAGUCAUCAAGACAACAAAUGUCUGGUGUUGCUGUGAAGAGUUUAUGAAGAGUUAUGUGCAUCUUCCAUUUGUGAAAAUAAAAAUUCUUAGUUUUCUGAAGGUAGAGCAGCCCCACCACAUGGCAGGGCUCAAAUGGGCUGUCAGUCUUAGGUGGUUUGCAGUGUUAUUGUCAGGGGUGAAGGAGGAAGAAGGGUGAAGUGAUCCCUCCCUGAGAUGUGAGGAGCAAAUCUACGGUGGCAGGGAGAUGUAGCUGUGCUCCUUGUGCUGCUUGGCAUGCACAUGAACUUCAGAGAAGAACUUACCCUGCUCUGCAUUGACCAAUGCCAGGUCUGGGGCUGUGCCCCCUCUGCCUCUGCUUGGGCAGAACAGGCCUCUGAGGGGGCUCUGAAGAGCUCCAGCUCCCUGUGAGUCAAAUUUCUCCUUGUGGUUCUGUGGCCUGAGGCUGCUGGAGGGGAUGCUCUGACUGGUCGGGAGAGGAGCAAACACCUGGUGGAAGGAAAUAUUAUUCUUUGAAGUCAUUCAAGGUGUAGUAGUUGCCACCACUUCUCUGUUCUCUGGAAAAGUGUUGUCAAGUAUAAUUUUCUAAUCUGAAAAAUCUGAAAAAGAAAAAUCCUUUGGUAUCGAAGUAUACCAAAGGCAGAAAACCAUAAGAGAUUUUUUGAUUUUUUUUGUCAAAAGUACUCAUUGAAACAUUAACCUUCUAAAAUGUUAAGAUUGAAAUAGAAUUUUGGAAAUCUGACUGAAGCCAUUUCUUCUCUGUGUGUGUGUGUGUGUCUGUCUGUCUGUAAGAGGAGUCACAACAACACGGAGAGAGUGCUUUUUAAGAUAGAUCAUAGGAUGGGCACACCAUUAUCUGUGGAUAAAUUAUUAUAUGAAAUGAAAACACUUUGGCUUUCAGUGGUGAGAAAACAAAACCAGAUUCCAGUGGGAUCAGCUGAGAUAAAGGGAAGGAAAGUGGCAGGAAGAAAUCUAAGCAGUUUGCAAAUGAAGGUCAUAAAGUUUAUAAAUGGGAUUUCAUAGCCUGUUUGUGAUAGCAGAAGCUGGACUCUGUCAUACACAAUUUCUCCUCUUGUCAUGUUUUUUGUGCUGGUUAUAAGCAGCCUGCUGACCUGCUGGACUUGGGCACACUCCUGAGUGUUUAUUAAUGUGUAAGCCAGGGAUUUUAUUGCAUUUUAAUUCCCCCUUGAGAUGGCUGACCUCAGUGUUUUCUGUGACCAAGGCUUCCAUCUCAGUUUUUCCAAAUUAUUCUCACUGUGAUGAAAACCCUACAGUGACUGUAUCACCCAUUUAUGGUGUUUGGCCACCCUGCAGCAGAAAUCCAGUGGUUAACUUUGCAGAAUUACCACAUUGCUGGUGAUGGCUGCUGCUGCAUCACAUCAACCCCAGGCAGCCAUCCCAUGCUCAGUUCAGCACUUCCCAUGCUUACCAAGCCAAAGGGAUUCACUGCUUGCACAGAGGAACCAAGCCUUGCAAAAAUCAGCAGAAUGUGCAGACAUGGACCAUGGGCUUGGUGCCUGGGAUGGAGCUAGGGAAGUGUUGUGGUGAACAACUUUCAUCCAGCACCUGCUCAUGUGUGCUGGAAGCUGCAAGGUGGACAUGGCCUCUGUCUCCUCUGCAGCUGGUAAAAUUCUAAAGGAUUGAACUGAACCUAAUUUCAGGUGAAAUCCAGGACAAACAUCCAUGCAACAAAAUGUGAUGCUAACAGAGGAAAUUGUUCUGAUAGUAAAAGGGGGGGGGGGGGGAAGAAAAAAAAGAAAAAAGCAUCAAAGUAGACAGAAGUACAGGUUUGAAAACAAAAGUAAUGGCAGUUAAAAUAUGUGGUAGAUAUUUUCUUUUCAACCUGAAGACAUACUAAGAAAAGUUUUAAUUAACAGUAAUUUAUUUUGAAAAAUCUCAGCAUUUAAAAAAGGUCAAGUAGUACACUUCAGGUGUUUGGAGCCACUACUUGCAUACCUGGGCGCAGGUUUUACUGUGGUACUAGCCCAGAUGUGACUGCUUCUGCUUUAUUUGGUUACAUCAGUGUAUUUCAGCUCAGACAGUAGCUGUUUCAAAGAUGAGAAAACCUUUCAAUAAUGAAAAAAGCAUUUUCAUCUUUUGUCAAUGAAUUAAAAACAGGAUUAGGUAUAAAAAUGGUUACAGAGUGCUCUGUGAGGAAAACAGUCACUGACUUAAAUAAGCAAUGCUUUAGUUUAGAUGAAAAAAUACACAUGGUAACUGUUUUCCCCUUACAGUGAUGGCAUACUUCAAGUAUGUAUUAUUUUAUUGAUGCUGUUUGUAAUUUUUAACUGAGUGCCAAAUUUCUCCCAGAGAAUACCUGAAAUUUAUAAAGCUACAUAGAAAAGCAAAGAUCAGAGUUUCAUGAGGUGAGGUUAUAAGUAAUUAUCAUGUUUUCCUGCUGAACUAAUCAGUAUUAAAUGAACUGAACCCAGCAUGGAUUUCUUCCCCGCAGCCUGAGAGGGCUCUUAUGCCUUUGGGAGGAGCUUCACUCUGAAUCCUCUCCCAGCUGCUUGUUUCCAGUGCCUCCAUGCUGCCUUCUAUAUGGUUUCAGCUUCUGGCUCCUGGAGUGGCCCACUGCUGGGCAGAGAUUGUCUGGCAGGCUGGGAAGGGGAGCUGGUGGUGGAAUGUGGUUCUGGCUCCAGGCUCAGCACAGAGGGGUUUGUUUGGCCAGUUAAUUCUGCAUCUGACCACAGUCAGCCAAGGGAAGACAUCCCUUACAUCCCUCAUGUGGGUAGAAGAGCCAGCCACAGCUUUCAAGCAGGUAGCAUCAAUAAUUGCAGUGAUGUGGCAAGAGGUGCUUCAGUGCAAGCAAGCCAACAGUGACUGAAGGUGUUUGGCUUGACAGAUGAGUGGUCACCGUGUAUGUUCUUCCAUGUCAUGCUUGUUGGGCUUGGGCAGCUCUGGGUAUCCCUGACUGUGCUGCCCAUCACCUUCAUUCACUGGGUAGGCCAGAAGUCUAUGUGGUGCAGUUCUGGAGAAUAUGAAGUAGCUUUUUGCUACUUUUGCACACUCAUUUCUGAAUUACCUUGACAAUAAACAUAAGUGAAAUUGAAACCGCUUUCUGGAUCACCUGCUUCAAGGCACCAUCCUGACAGCUUUCAAAAAAACAAGUUUCUUCUCUGAAAAUAAAAGUCUCACUGAAACAGCAAGUAACAGGAAAGAGUAGCCAGGCAUCAUUAGAACUGAUGAGUGACAUAAUUUCAGAAUUUAUGUCUGUGUACACACAGAUGGAUACAUAGUAGGAAAGAGAAAACUAUAAAAAAAAAUCUGUUUCCAGAUACUUUGCAAACAACAUCUUUCCUUAAAUCACUGGAUGAAAUUUGCUAUACUUCUUAAGUUGCUAUGGCAUCUGAGCCUGUCCAGUAAAGCUUGACAGAUAUUUAUCUCGGGCCGAGAAACCUCAAAGCAAAUUGAAAAUCCCCUUUGUGUCAUUUCCUGUGAGAUAAGUCUGCAGAACCAACUCACGCAUGCAGCCUGUCUGCGUACAGACACCCUGGCACAGCUCACCAAGUAAAGUGACACCUGUCUGACAUAAUGUUUGGAGAGUGACGAACAUUGCAUGGGACACUCUGGUGCUUUUAUAAUUAAGAGCGGACCAGAAUGCUGAGAGAAGACUGGACAGUGUCCUCAGAGAGAAGACAGCUAAUCUGGUCCCUGCUGUGCACUAGGCAAAGAAUUGAGAUGAUUGCAUCUUCUUCCUUAAUGCUUUUGUUUUGUUGUUGCUAAUCUUUCCCUCCCUGAAGCUGAUGCCUGUGCGACACAGCUGGGAAGACAGGAUCAUCAGGUUGAAAGGAACAUAAAAGCCUGCUAAAAUGGCACUGGCCAGUUCAAUUUCUAGCAAAGCAGCACCACCACACUCCAAAAAAGUCUCUGCAGCAGGGGUGGAAGUGCACCAGAGCAAGAUGGAUUUUUUCUGCAAGCUGGGCUAUGGUAAGCAGGACAUCUGCAAAGUGCUGGAGAACCUGGGCCAAGAGGCCCUGGAGGAUGAUGUGCUGAAAGAACUGAUUCGGAUGGGGAGCAAACCUCAGGCUCUGGAGAACCAGGCUCAGCCUUCCCAGCUAAAGCUGGUUGCCCGUGGAUCGUGUAGCACCACCCCGGGGCUGAAGUGGCUGGGAGAAGAUGAAAGUGAUUCUUCCGAUUCCUUGAGGCCCAUUGUGAUCGAUGGCAGCAACGUCGCAAUGAGUCAUGGAAACAAGGAGGUGUUCUCCUGCUGGGGGAUCCAGCUGGCAGUGGAUUGGUUUCGAGAGAGGGGGCACACUUACAUCAAGGUUUUUGUCCCACUCUGGAGAAAGGAACCCCCUCGACAAGACAGCCCCAUUGCAGAUCAGCACAUCCUUGAGGAGCUGGAAAAGCAAUCCAUCCUGGUCUACACACCCUCUCGGAAGGUGAAAGGCAAGCGGGUGGUUUGCUAUGACGAUCGCUACAUAGUGAAAGUUGCUUACGAGAAAGACGGAGUCAUUGUGUCCAAUGACCACUACCGGGAUCUCCAAAAUGAAAACCCCGAGUGGAAAUGGUUCAUUGAGCAGCGACUACUCAUGUACUCUUUUGUCAGUAACAGGUUUAUGCCUCCCGAUGAUCCAUUAGGCCGGCAUGGACCCAACUUAAGUAACUUCCUCAGCAAAAAGCCAGUGCUUCCUGAAAAAAAAUGGCAGCCUUGUCCUUAUGGUAAAAAAUGCACCUAUGGCAAUAAAUGCAAAUUUUACCACCCCGAGAAGCAACGUCACGCUCAGCUUUCAGUUGCCGAUGAGCUCAGGGCCAAAACAAAGGUCCCGUUAGCGCUGGGGAAAGAGGAGGAGAGGUGCCAGCGCUCCCCGUGCGAUGCCUGCACAGCAACUCUGCGGGAAGCCAGAGGCUGCUCUGGGCCUUGCUGCUGCCCAGAGAGGGCCCCGGGGAGCUGCUCUGGGCACUCAUUCCGUGCCUGGGCCAGCAGUCCUGGCUCUGACCUGCGGCUGGACCAGCGCUUGCCGCAGCCGGAGCCGCUCCUGGCGAAGAUGUCAGCAGUGUCCAUCAGUGAGGACACCUACGGCUGCAGCUGGUCCCUGUGCGCCUCUGGGGACAGGGGGGUCAUGGACGGCCCUCAGCCCUGCUCUGACCUCAGGCACGAACUGUUCUCGCUCCAUCAGCGCCAGGGCUCGGAGCGCUGCGGCUCUCCCGGGUGCCCCUUCCCGCGGCCGGGGCUCCCGCGGGCGCAAGGCGGGACGUGCCCAAGGCACGGCUGGGCUCGGCAGCGCCCUGCUGUGCCCGGAACAGCCCGGGGGAGCCGCUCCUUCCCCGGCGGUGCUCAGCACGAACAGGCCCUGGAGACGCCGCAGCCCCCUUUUCUGCAGCCCACAGCCCCGUCCCCGGCCGGGCUCCCCCCGCACGGCGAGCCCCGGCUGCGGCAGCACCGCUGCUUCCCCGGCCCGGCCCCGGGGCAGCCCGCGCCCUCCGAUUCCAGCAUCGGAACCGCCUUGUUCCAGAAAGCCCACGCCUACCCCAGUGCCUCUUACAGGGACUACUGGCCCACCCCUGCCCAGCAAAUGAACAUCCACAGGGAGCUGUGCUCCCCUUAUCCUUACAGCGGGAUGAGCCAGGUCAUGACUUUGUACCCCAGGAUCCAGGAUAAGGGGACUGGAGCACCUCCCCUAUGAAGACAGGCUCGGGAAGUUGGAGCUGUUCAGCCUGGAGACCUCAUAGAGGUUGCAUAGAGACCUCACAGAAACCUUCCAGUAUCUGAAGAGAGCCUACAAGGAAGCCAGAGAGGGACACUUAAUCAGGAACUCUAAUGAUAGUACACAGAAGAAUGGCUUCAAACUGAAGCGGGGUAGAUUUAGAUUACAUUUUAGGAUGAAAUUCUUAAUUGUGUGGGUGGUGAGACACUAGAACAGGUUUCUCAGAGAAGUUGUGGAUGCCCCAUCCCUGGAAGUGUUUAAGGCCAGGUCGGGCGGGGCUCUGAGCAAUCUGGUGUAGUAAAAGAUGUCCCUGCCCAUGCAUGGCAGCAGGGGUGUUGGAACUGCAUGAUAUUUUGGGUUCCUUCUGACUCAAACAAUUCUGUGAUUCUAUGAUAUUGCCUGUUGGACUUUAAUGAUUCAAAGGCACAGAAACCUGUGAAACCUCCAGAGCAAACCAUUCCCAAUAAUCACAAGUCCCAGAGCCAAGAAGAUGCUAUUCUGAGGCUUAACUGAGUGUUUUUAGAGGGUGCUAUGGCAAGGAUUACAGCUGCUCCAGGAAUACAAGUACAAGCACCAAGUCAAGGCAAAGGCUGUCAUCCAUGGCACUGGGAUUGCAUUCCACCUCCCCUGAAAGAGAACAGGAGGGCUCAGGGUUACUGGGCUACUGGCAUUUGAACCUCACUGGUGCCUGGACCGAGGAUGGCACAGAUUUUCAUUAACACCCUGAAACACUAGAUGUGUUUUUAGAGUCCUAACCUAUGGUUCAGCUUCUGUAAAACAACCAUGCUCCCCAGUCCCCAGUGACUGCCUGUGUUCUCUGCUAGAAGGCAGCUUUGGAUUCCUGUCAUUGCCUGAUUCAAGCCCAUUCCACAGUCAGUGAGCUUUCAAAGCUACAUCUCCUGCUUCUAAAGCCAUGCUGAGAGCACACAGAGCCCCUAGCAGAGGGGCUGGAGGUGCACCAGAGCACUUGAAGGAGGACACAUGUACAUUUCUCAGAAAAGAGAUGCACACAGCAUAAAUAAAAUCAGGGAAGUUAUCUUCAGUGUAAGUCCUGGUGUGGACUGAGGGGUCAGGGCUGGUAAUUAAAAAAAUCCAGAACUCCAGAUCAAAAGGAGGAAAAAGAGGGGGAAAAAAAGUUCAAAAGUCUCUCCUGUAUAGAACAAGAAAUCUAUUGUUGACUUAAUUCUUAAUUACCAAAUGUGGCUCCAUAAUGCAAUUAUACAGUAAACUAUGUUCUGUUAGGACAUGUUUGAUUUUCAGUAAGCUGUAAAGCUGCUAAUCUCUGCAUUAUUCCACCAAAUGCUUCAGGUUAUAAUUCAAAUAGUAAGGUUGAUCCUGAAGGUUUUUUUGGCAUUAUACCAAAGUUUAAGUAUGUCAGUAUGACAUGUUUUAAAAUUGUUUUAACACAUUAUAAAAUGUUUAUCUAUAACACAUUGUUCUCAAUAAUAUCUUCUUUAUUUUCUGGGUUUUACUUAGGUGAUGGGAUUUUUUUGUUAUUAUUUUGUUUAGUUCUUGGUUUUGAUUGCUUUGUUCCCCUAUGCUUCAACAUUCAGGUGGGAUUUUCAAGCUCUCUGACCCUGCAUUUCUCUGAAGUGCAGUGUUGUUAGUUCCAGGAAGGAAUUAAACACGGUCCUCAAUGAGAAGUUGGAAUUCUAUUGCUUGCACAAGGUGGCAGUAACUUACCCUUAGUGACAUUAUCACAUGAUGAAUUUUUUGAAAGCGGUGACAGUUGGAUCUGUUUCCCUCUGGAAACCACCACCAACUUUUUUGCUUAUUGUUUUGAUGAUGGUGUUCAAAGAAUCUGCAGAAACUAAGUAUACUGUGUCUGUUCAAUUUCUUAUGCCCCCGUGGUUCGCUCCAAGAAACAGCAAUUUGGAUUUUGGAGGUAUGACUUACGUUCACAGAACACGACAGUUUUUUCCAUAAGUCCUAUGGAUUGUUGGAAUGGCUUAUAAAUUUAUCCACAACAUAUUACAUAAGGAUUAGAAGUUGUCUUACAACAAAACUAUGGGAAAAAAUUCUCCGUGAUAUGCCUCAAAAAAUACUGGAGACAAAGUGUGACGCUGAGUGGAAAAAUACCUUCCACCCACUCAAACAAAGCAAGUCCCAAAUGGCAGCAUGCAGAAAACACACACACAGCAACGGAGCAGGAUGUAACUGUACAUGCCAACAUCCAUUUUCAUGUCUGGCAUGCAGGUUACAUGUUUCAAUACACAAAGCAUUUAAAAAUCCAUAGGAAAAUUGGCACACUGCCUUUAUAUGGUGCCCUCGGCUUGCUGGAGAUGUGCAUGAACUUUUCUCCCUUUCCUUUGAGGAUGCACAGAAAUUUGGUGGUUGUUCAAAACUCUCUCAAUGUUUAACUUUUUUUUUUUCCUUUUAAUUUCUGUCAUAUUUACUGAGGAAUCUUUUUGUAAAAUACAUAGAAUGUGCACUCUGCUGAGAAAGUGUCUGAGAAAAUAAAUCAGACUUUGGUGCUAAAC